AUGGAACGUUACUUUAAAAAACUGCAAAGUGGUGAUUCUUCAUCUUCUUCAAGUGCUAGAAUUGUUGAAUCAGUAGAAAAUCAGUCUGCAAUAGAAGUUGAAUUGGAUUGGAAUGAUAUUGAUGUUGAUCCAGGAAAACGAAAGUCAAUAGAGGCUUUUGAUGUUGCUAUUCGGGAUAGAGUACGGAGAGAGUAUUUGGAUAAAGGUCCUUGCCAACCAAUUGGGAAUACAUAUCCGAAAAAGAAAUAUGGUAUUCAAGAAAGAAGUUUUCAAGAUGCUUGGUUUACUAAAUUUCCAUGGUUAGAUUAUAGUGGAUCAAAAAAUGCAGCCUUUUGCUUUUGGUGCUAUCUUUUCAAGCAAUCAGAUAAAGGAGGUCGAUAUGCAGAAGAUGCUUUUACAAAGACAGGCUUUAACAAUUGGAAAAAUACACUAGAAAAAUUCAAUCAACAUGUUGGGGCUGCAAAUAGUUGUCACAAUAAUGCUCGAAUUCAGUUUGAAGCUUUUCAAGAUCAAAGGCACAGUGUGGCAAAUGUAUUUCGAGCAAAUACUCGUAAGGCAGAAGUUGCAUAUCGUGUUCGGUUGACUGCUUCAUUGGAUGUGACUCGUUUUCUUUUAAAACAGGGUUUGCCUUUUCGUGGACACGAUGAAUCAAGUAGUUCAAAUCUAGUCAAAGAUAUUGGGGAUAGAGUUUUCACUAUCUUGGUUGAUGAAGCUCGAGAUGUUUUAUUGAAGGAACAAAUGGGUGUUGUUUUAAGAUACUUGAAUAGUGAAGGAUAUGUGAUUGAGCGAUUUCUUGGGAUUGUACAUGUAACUCAUACUUGUUCUCGUUCUUUGAAAAAUGCUAUUGAUGCUUUAUUAUCGAAGUAUAAUUUAUCUCUAUCCAGAGUGAGAGGUCAAGGAAACGAUGGAGCUUCAAAUAUGCGAGGUGAGUUCAAUGGAUUGAAAUCUCUAACAUUGCAAGAAAAUCCUUCUGCCAUGGCAUCUUGUAAGAGAAAGGAUCAACUUAGGAAGUUGCAACAUGAAAGAUUAGUUGCACAACUUGAUGAAGAAGUGACUAGUGGAAGAGGUCAAAAUCAAGAAACUACUUUGGUGGUUGAUUUAAUUAUACAAGAGAUGAAUAAUCGGUUUUCUGAAGCUAGCACCGACUUGCUAAAAUGCAUAGCGUGUCUUGAUCCAAGAAAUUAUUUCUCUGAAUUCAAUGAGCAUCAAGUCAUUCAUAUUGCUACUUUAUAUCCCGAGGACUUCUCUGCGAGCGAAUGUUUACAUCUUCCACGGCAAGUUAGUAAUUUUAUUGCUAAUGUGCGGUGUGAUCCUCAAUUUGUUGCGCUUAGUGAUUUGAGAAGUUUUGCUAUGAAAAUGGUCAAAACUAAGAAGCAUUUAGUUUUUCCAUUGGUCUAUCGGAUUAUUGAGUUGGCCUUGGUUUUACCUGUUGCUACUGCUUCUGUUGAGAUAGCAUUUUCUGCAAUGAAGACUAUCAAGACUGAUUUACGAAAUCGAAUGGGAGACGAGUGGAUGAAUGACAGUCCAGUUGUGUACAUUGAGAAGGAUAUUUUUUCAACGAUUGAUAACGAGCCGAUCCUGCAGCAUUUUCAAUCGACGAAAACACGUAGAAUUCAGUUGCCGCCGCUUUAG